AUGACGGAUACUGCUACAAAAGACAACGAUGACAAGAUGAUGCCGGUGUGGUUGGAUGACAGUCACAUUGACCCGGCUUGGAUUCGAGAAAAGACUCAACUGCCGUGUCAACAGUGUACCGUCCAAGACAUUAGCAACGAUACCCGCAAGGGCGAGCGCGUUCGAGAUGGUGCCACGUUGAAACUUACUGUCGAGUUAGAGUCGCAGACUGAGCCAAUGACAUUGAUUAUCAAACAAGUGCCCGCUAAAGGACGUCCUCUGAGUCAACAAUUGGGAUUGGCCCGGGAAGCUUUCUUUUACAAUCAAUUGGCACCCGAAAUUAGUGCUCAGCAUGGCGACACUAUCAUUCCCAAAAUUUGGUAUGCCCACGGCGACAUGGCCACGGGCGCCAAGGUGGUGAUCAUGGAGGAUUUGUCAAACACAGCCGUCGAUUCCGGUAUCUUAUUUGGACCCGGCAAUCCCAACAAUUGGAAGCGCGAUUUGCCCACGCUCACAAGCAAGGCGUUUGGCCCCCACCAAAAAGUUCCUUCGGCCGCCCGUGUCGCCCACGUGACGUUUUGUGAAUUGGCCCAAGUCCAUGCCACAUUUUGGUGUCGUCAAGACUUGCUGACUUCUGGCGAUACCAAUCAUCAGCAGUGGAUGCGAGGUCACGCCUGGUUGCAAGGACAAGGCAAGGACAGUUGGCAAGCCUCGCAGGGAUUGUUGACCACUUUUUGGAAUAACUAUCUCGAACGCGAACAAAAAGCUACCAACAGCGAAAACAAUCCACUCUUGUUACAAUGGGAUCCCACCGUUCGCGCCGCCGUCGAAAAGGCACUCCACGGCAUUUCGUGGGAGGCACAAUUGCAACGAUUGCACGUCGAUGGACGAUGGUGUGUCGUCCAUGGCGAUUGUUGGCCCGGAAAUUUCAUGUGGAUGCUUCCCAACAACGACAACAACCAGCAGGACAAGCUCCAACUCUUGGAUUGGGAAAUGGUCGGUGUCGGAUCGGGUCCCCAAGAUUUGGGGCAAUACGUGUUAUCGAAUAUGGAUCCCGCCGAACGACGCGCUUGCGAAAAAGACUUGAUUCAAGCCUAUUACCAAGAGUUGUUGCGGUGCGGUGUCACCAAUGUCGAUUGGGACUAUUGUUGGAGUGAGUACAAACUAGGGGGAAUCGAGCGAUGGUUGUGGUUCCUCAUUUACUUUUGUGGACAAGACAGUCCCAUGCUCAUUCAGUGGGCACAAUUCUUUCACAAUCAAAUGGCCGAGUUCAUGAAGGAUCACAACAUUACAGCCGACGACAUUGUGCAGCCGAGACCGUAG